CUUAAAAAUUUUAUUAACUUUCAGUUAAUAAUACACAGACAGAAAAAUGACUACAAAAGAACCGAAUGGACGCGUGGGGAUGAUUAAAAAACUACGGCGUUCAGCAUCGGCCAGUGAACAUAAUUUGAGUGAAUUGCGUAAUCGUAAAUCAACACAAAAUCUAUUCGAUCAACAUGGUACACCGAUUGAUCUUAAACAAUUUCGUAAAGUUUUGGACAAAGAAGACAAUAAUGGCGGCAAUACAGAGAAAAAGUCUAGAUAUCGUAGGACACAGAGUGUAACACGUGCUGAAGAAAUAACAACCAAAGAAGAAAAACAACGUAAAGAACAACCCGAUAAACCCUGCCAUCGACCCAGAGAUUCUUUAUUCUCAUGGAGUUCUGGUUUUAGCAAUUUUACCGGUUUAGUUAAUUGGGGUUUCCUGUUAUUAACUAUAGGAGGUUUUAGACUGUGUUUAGAAAAUUUAUUAAAAUAUGGCAUUAGAAUCAAUCCUCUUGAAUGGUAUUUCUUUUUAAGUGGCCGUAAUGAAGGCGAAGGACAUGCAUCCUUAUUUUUAAUUUCAUAUUCUAUUAUUCAUUUAUCAAUUUGUUUGAUGGUCGAAAAAGGAUUGGCAAUGCUACCAAAUCAUUUAGUUUGGUUGUGCUUUUUCUAUUUAGCCUUUCAUUCCUUCUUAAAUGCCAUGGGUGAAAUAUUACACUUUGCUGAUCGUAAUUACUAUAAUGAUUGGUGGAAUGCCAAUAAUAUUGAUACAUUCUGGAGAACUUGGAAUAUGCCGGUACACAGAUGGUGUGUAAGACACUUAUAUAUUCCUGUCGUACAAAUGGGCUAUUCUUCAAGACAAGCUUCCACUAUUGUUUUUCUGAUUAGUGCAUUUUUCCACGAAUAUUUGGUAUCUGUUCCUUUGCAAACCUACAAAAUUUGGGCUUUCCUUGGUAUGAUGGGUCAAAUACCCCUAUCAGCCAUCUCGAAAUCAGUUGAGCGUUCAUUGGGUCCACGUAUGGGUAAUAUUAUUGUAUGGGCUUCUAUAAUACUCGGCCAACCGUUAUGCAUUAUGAUGUAUUAUCAUGACUACGUUAUAACUCAUUUUAAAGAUGCUUUAAAUAGUACCGUUUAUAAAGAACUCUAAAAAUUUAUGUAAAAUUUACAUUUACCUCUUGGUACUUACAUAUGUCAGACAAUAAUAAUUAUGUAAAAAAAUAGUGUUUUUAGCGUUCUUUAAAAAGUGAAACAAUUGCAUUUAAUAUUGCAAUUAUUUUUAUUCUUUUUUUUAAUUGUUAUUAUGUAAUAUAUUGAAAUUAAAAUAUGAAUUAAGAAAAAUUAUAAUAUUAAAUUUGUAAGAAACAAAAAUGUUGAUGAUUGUGUGAAGUUUAGUUUGUAUACAAAUUAUUUAGAAUUGUUACAAAAUAUUUUUGUAAAAUUUAUUUAAAAAAAAAUCAUAGAAAAAAAUGUAAAUAAAUUAUUAAAAAUGUUUUAU